GAUGACGGUUGGGAACGGGCGUGAUUUGGUGGUGAGGCAGGGAAACCUGACCUGUUAGCCUGCCCCCGGAACCUGACUCCCCAAAGCCCGGGAUUAGGGGCUCGCAAACUGUCAUCACGCCUUGGCCAGGUGUGCAAGACAUGACCAGGUGUGCGGCGGCCCCGCCCCGGGCCUCCGGAGCCCGGUGUAAUGGAUGAGACCCUGGGGGCCAAGCCACGAAGUGAGGCCCCGGCAGUCCUCUGAGGCGGGCGACACCGCCUGUUGCCCCGCUCCCCGGAGACGACCGGCGGGGUCCAGGGCGGAGCGGACGGCAGGUGCUGACACCUGAGCUGCACCGGGGGAGGGGCGCGCCGUCCUGGAACAGAUGGCUCUGGCCUGCCCCCUACACUUUUGUGCCGGCAAAAUUGCUUGGCGCCCUCCGGCCCUCAGGGGACGCUGUGGCCGCGCUGGGCUGGCUCCGCCACGACCCCGCUGAACCCGCGCCGGCCUCGCUUGGUGCGGAUCCGUCAUGGCCGCUGCCUUCGGCCUCCGCGGCCUGUACAGAGCGCGACCCGUCCUGCGCUUUCCUCCCUCGGAACUGCAAUGGGCGCCACGGCGUGGGCAUCGACUCACGCCGGCAGACGAUGAGCUGUAUCAGCGGACGCGCAUCUCGCUGCUGCAACGCGAAUCUCUGCACGCCAUGUACAUCGACAGCUAUAACAACCGCGGCUUUACGGUCAACGGAGACCGCGUGAUAGGGCCCUGCGCGCUGCUCCCGCAUUCGGUUGUGCAGUGGAACGUAGGAUCACACCAGGAUAUCACCGAAGAGAGCUUCUCUCUCUUCUGGAUGCUGGAGCCUCGGAUAGAGAUUGUGGUGGUGGGUACUGGAGACCGGACAGAACGACUGCAGCCUGAGAUACUGCAAGCAAUGAGGCAGCGGGGCAUAGCUGUGGAAGUGCAGGACACGCCCAAUGCCUGUGCCACCUUCAACUUCCUGUGUCAUGAAGGCCGUGUAACAGGAGCUGCUCUCAUCCCCCCACCUGGAGGGGCUGCAUUCACAUCUCUGGCCCAAGCUGUAGAAUGAACCACUGGGAAUUGACCUGCCUGUCUGCACAAGGGUGCAGGGGUUCCCAACCCUUUCACCAUCCUCUCCCUUUCUGCACUUGCUUGCGAUGCUAUUAAUAAUUUAUCAACUAAUCCUGUUUU